AAAGCGUCUCCGAAGUUGCAUAGCAACCACUACUGAAACCAACGGGCGUCAAAUUUUCUUUUUUGAGCAAAUUUGAGCAACAUUUGUCUUUUGACUGGAUUCAGCUGAGACGACAGCAGCUGUGGAAAAUGUCGAAGAAGAAGACGGAGGUGAAAGCAGAAGGCUUCACCGUGAGGUCCACCUUGAAAAACGCAGUGGUGGUGGGUCCGCCUGCAGCAGGGGCUUUUCGGGAACGCCCCUUCAAACCAAACAACUUUCGCAAGUUCUAUGAGCGUGGAGCGUUUCCAAUUGCACUGGACCAUGACAGCAAAGGCAACAGGAUUGCUUGGAAGGUGGACAUUGAGACACUGGACUACCACCACUACCUCCCACUGUUCUUUCAUGGUUUGUGUGAGACUGCUCAUCCAUACGAGUUCUUCGCCCGCCAGGGAAUCCAUGACAUGCUGGACCACGGAGGCUCCAAAAUCCUGCCUGUCCUUCCCCAGCUCAUCGUCCCCAUCAAGAAUGCCCUGAACACCAGGAACAAUCAGGUGAUGUGCACCACCAUGAAAGUCCUGCAGCAUCUGGUGACGUCUGGAGACAAGAUGGGGGAGGCUCUGGUGCCGUACUUCAGACAGAUCCUUCCCGUUUUCAACCUCUUCAAGAACAAGAACAAAAACCUUGGAGAUGGCAUCGACUACAGCCAGCGGAAGAGAGAGAACAUUGGUGAGCUGAUCCAGGAGACCCUGCAGAUGUUUGAGCGCUACGGAGGAGAAGAUGCCUUUAUCAAUAUCAAAUAUAUGAUACCUACCUACGAGUCCUGCAUGAAAAACUGAGGGGGGCUGUCAUCCUGACAUUGCACAGAUUCUCGGCUUCACCUCUUUAUCAGUCCUUCUUUAUCUGUUUCCCACCUCUAAACCAAACGUCUGUCUUUAUCCACCUCCUUAAAUUCUUAGCAUGUUUAAAACUGUAUCCAAGCAUUGUUGUUGUUUUUGUUGUUUCUUCAGUGAUUUAUUUUGAAAGCUGACAAGGAAUCCUUAGUGCAUACUGAGUUAUGUUUUCAAAGCUUCUUUCAAAAUGUAUGAAAACAUUAAAAAUUCUGUUGAUUUUAAGUGGAA